GCGCACACGUUCGGAAAUUUCUAUUCAGUUUCGCACCCGCGACUCGCGCAUCGGAUGUGUUCUCUGUAUUGGUUACGCAUAAAUUCGCAACAGGAUAAUGUGUGAGGCAGAAACAUUAAUAUUGGCGGUUGAAAAAUACCCCUGUCUGUGGAAUAUUCAUGACAACGACUAUCACAAAAGAGAUGUCAAAGAUUUGGCCUGGGAGAAUGUAUUUAAAGAGGUUAUAAAGGAUUGGGACACGUGCACUAAAGUGGACAAAGAAAACAAAGGUGCUGAGGCGAAGAAAAAAUGGACACACAUAAGAGACUACUUUCGAAAAGACUUCCAAAAAAAUAAAAGUGCUCCUACAGGCAGUGCCGCUAAAAAGGUUAAAAAAUAUGUUUAUGCAGAUCUGCUGUAUUUUCUUAUACCAGUCUUUGAUAAAAGAAAUGCCGGUGGAAACUAUCAAUCCGAUGAUUUACACGAUAAUAUUUCACAAGAAUCUGAAUCCCAAGAAGAACACAGUGUGGAACAAGUGGAUACAAAUAUAUUACCACCUCCAUCACCUAUAUCAACUCCACGUGCAAAUAGAAACAAAAAAGAUAUCCCCUCCCAAAUACUCAGUAUCCUACAUCAAAACCAACAGAAUGCCAAUCAGAAACGACAAGAAGUAGCAAGACGAUGACAUGAAAUUUUUAUUAAGCUUUAGAACACAUUAUGAAACAUAUGAGUGAAAAUCAAAAAAUUGAUUUUAAAUUGGGAAUGCUGCAGUUGGUAAAAAAAAUUAAUACUGGGUACAAUUCAUCU